AUGUGGGAACGAACUAAAGACCAGAGCAGCAGCCUCUUUUCUGGGUUUGCAGGAUUACUCACCCUCCUCCUCAUCGUGGUUCUCUGUGCCCUGUGGAACUGGAAGAAAUGGAAGAAGCGGCGCACGCGUUACCGUCGAGUUGUGGGCCUGCCCUCCCUAAAUCGACCUCGAUCCAGACAACAGGCCAAAAAUAUUUACGACCACUUACCCCGGAGACAGGAAGCGCCGGGGAGACCCCCGGCCAGGCGAGACCCGAUUGCCAGCACCGAGAGCCUCCUUUCCAGAGAUUCCAGUAGCCCUGCCUCAGAGCACCAGGCCUCCCAAGCAGGCAGUGUGCUCCCAGCUCACAGAUCCUACACUCAGGUCUCAAUAGAUUCUGAGGGCUUCUAUGACAACACUCUGGGGGCCCGGAUGUGUGAGAACCACACUCCCUCUGCACUUGACGUCGAUGGUGGAACAUCCGGAAAAUGCCCUAGCACUUCCUCAGAGGAUUCUCUCGAUUACGUCAAUGUCCUCAUAGCCGUGGAGAUUCCUGAGACUCGAGCUUCUAUCAGCAGCACCCGUGAGAGCCUUUCUGUCGCCCUGGGUGCCCAGGAACUGGUCUUCACAGAGGAAGGAGACCAGGACGAGAUCUGGGACUGCUCCAGUGUUCGGACUCCAAGAAGUGAGAGCAGUGACAGCGAUGGGGAUGCUUCUUCUGAGACCUCCAAUGAUUAUGUCAAUAUGGAGGGACUGGACAGAGGGGUCAUCCAGGGGAAACAGCCCUGUGUGGCAUCUCAGCGCUGCAGAGAUUAUGAAAAUAUCCCAGCAGCAGCUCACCAUAGCAACCAACAGCAGCAGGUGGAGGAAGAAAUGACUUUCCCAAGGACGGACCAUGGGGAGGGCGGGGCAGAUGAGUCAGGGAUCCACGGCCAACUGGCUGUGCAAUCAGAGAGGUUCCUGGCGCUAGGGGACCAAGUGACUCACCAGCCAGCUGCACAGGGCGAGGACAAUCCAGUGAAACAUGGAGAAAAGAUGUCAAAUGAGGACUGCCACGACUACGAGAAUGUGCAAGUGGUCAGAUGGAGGGACACGGUGCCCUCGUCAGCUCCUUCCUGAUGCACCAAGGC